AGACGUAAAUAACCGAUCAUUAUAAUAACAAAAUAAUAAUACGUAAUAAUUUAGGUAUUUUUUUUUUAUAAAUAUUUAAUAUUUAGCAUUAUUGACGAACCUCAUUUUCGGCGCACCCGUUCCCCGUUACUUCAACGGGACGUCGAAAAGGUUCACUCAGUAUUUUAUAUUUUAUCGUUUUCUAGUACCUACCUAUCGUAUUUUUUCUGAUCUCUGUUCCCGCCGCUAUUUUAUCGUUCGAAAAUAUGUCCUGUCGCUCGGUCUGAACGAUAGAUCGGAUCGUUGUUUAUAAGUAACGCCAAUAAUAGGGGAACUAUCUGCUGUAUUGGAAAUAAAAUAUAAUACUAUCAUAAUGGGACCAAAACCUGAGGACAUUUUAAAUGGAUUCCAAGUCAAUUGGAUGAAUUUAAGAGACGCCGAUACGGGAGUUGUAUUAUGGCAAGGCACUGAGGAUCUAUCAUUACCCGACAAAGAACACGAAGCCAAAGUACCAAAAAAGAUAUUGAAGUGUAGAGCUGUAUCCAGGGAGAUAAAUUUUUCAUCUGUAGAACCUAUGGAAAAACUAAGGUUACAACAAAAAGUACUGUUUAAGGGUCGUUGUCUUGAAGAAUGGUAUUUUGAAUUUGGUUUUGUUAUUCCUAACUCCACUAACACUUGGCAGUCGCUUAUUGAAGCAGCACCAGAAUCACAAAUGAUGCCUGCAAAUGUACUAAAUGGUAAUAUUGUGAUAGAAACAAAUUUCUAUGAUGACGAUCUGUUGAUAUCAUCAUCAAAAGUUCGACUGUAUUAUGUUUAACCACCAAGAAAUUCAAAUGUGCACUACUCAAAAUAUGUAGAUAGACAAUUUUUGCUUGGUACAUACAUAACCGAGGUCCAAGAACACGGAGAACAAGUCCCCACUGCUGUGAUCGUUUAGUAUUUUAGUUUGAUUACUUUUAUAUGUGAUUAAAUGUUUUUCUUGAUCGUAAAGUUUUAAACUUAUUAAUAAGUUGUAACUUCUAAAUGUAAAACCAUAGUCUUUAUAUUCAAUUUUAUUUUAAGAAAUUAGAAUGUCGUACACAAGGAUACAAUUUACACUCAAAUAUUGAUAUUUCUUAAACAUUCUAGUAUGAGAUUAAUUUUUUUUUAUAAAAAAAAUCACUUAAUUUAGCACAUAAUAUGGACAUAUGAUUGGAGUUGUGAAAUUAUUGUCGAAUUAUCAUUUAUAUCUUCACAAGACUGCCUAAGCGCUGUUCAUUUUCUUAAUUUGUAUUGUCUAGCUUCUAGCACAUAAUAUUAUGAUAAUGUACUUAAUACAGUUAAUUGUAAUGUUUUUAUUCUUAUUGAUCAAAUAUAUUAUAUUUUAAAAACUCAAAA